GAGAAGCGAACCCCAUUUUGAUUUCUCAGAGAAAGAGAGUGAGAGUGAAUACCGUGUAGCUGUAAAAUGUUCAAUUUCUUAGUAAGGAAAGAUGUCAGGAAGAUUCUUAAGCGCAAGGAUAGUGAUGCUGGCGAAAAAGGCUUCUUUGCAAUAAUGGGGCUUUCUUUGAUGUCAUUAUUCAAUUACUUGUUUAAUUGGCACUUUCAGGAAAAGCUCUGGAAGAGUUGCGAGCGUCUCUUUUUAAUGAAUUUCGCUUGUCUGAAGGAGCAAGGCGUCAACGGCAAUGUAGAUGUGGCCCCAUUGCUGCCCUUACCUUCAAUUUUGUGGUUGCUGUUGGUAUUAUUUUCAUGAAUAAAUUGGUGCUUAAUCAAGUUAAAUUCAAGUUCCCUAUCCUUCUCACUUUUAUUCACUAUGUUAUAAGCUGGUUAUUAAUGGCUGUGCUAAAGGCCUUUUCUAUCCUCCCUGCAUCUCCUUCCUCAAAACUGACACGUUUGUCUACUUUAAUUGCUCUGGGCACCGUUAUGUCGCUAUCUACUGGGCUUGCUAAUGUCAGCUUAAAAUACAAUAGUGUGGGAUUUUAUCAGAUGUCUAAGAUCGCUGUAACACCGUCAAUUGUUCUGGCAGAAUUCAUUUUGUAUAAGAAGAGAGUUUCUUGCUCCAAGGUACUUGCACUUACAGUUGUAUCUAUUGGUGUUGCUGUGGCUACGGUCACUGAUCUCCAAUUUGACCUCUUCGGUGCUUGUAUAGCAUUGGCAUGGAUAAUACCUAGUGCAGUCAACAAGAUCCUCUGGUCCAGUUUGCAGCAGCAGGAGAAUUGGACUGCCUUGGCCUUGAUGUGGAAGACAACACCGAUCACCCUGUUAUUUCUGGUUGCUUUGAUUCCUCUGUUAGAUCCACCCGGUGCUCUCUCAUUUGAUUGGAAUUUUAAUAGCACAUUGGCUAUUCUCACAUCAGCAGUUCUUGGCUUCUUGCUUCAAUGGUCAGGUGCUUUAGCACUUGGGGCUACAUCUGCCAUCACCCAUGUUGUUCUUGGGCAGUUCAAAACAUGUGUUCUUCUUCUAGGAAACUUCUAUCUCUUUGGUUCAAAUCAGGGAAAAACUAGUAUUUGUGGAGCAUUCACGGCAAUUGCUGGUAUGUCUUAUUACACUUACCUUAACCUGAAGCAGAAAUCAAGCAAAACAUCUCCUCGACAAGCCUCCUCCUUACCCAUAUCCAGACUGAGCAAAGAAAAUGGCAGCGUAAAUGAUGGAAACUAUGGUGGGGAAUCAGUCAAACAAGAUACCUAAACUUUUGAUAUGAAGAUUAAUGAAAAGAUGAAAUUCUUGAGUUACAUUAAUUCAACUUGACAUAACUUCUCCAAUUUCAACAAUUUUCUGAGUUCAGAGAAGUAGAGCUCUUUCUGUCACGUGUCAUUGUUUAUAGACGACUGGGUUGCUACAGUUAACAUUAGAAUAUUGUAAUGCCUUCUCCAGGGGGCUUGUGCAGAUCAUGUGGAGUAAUUUGCUAAUCGUUUCUGCAAACUGAACACUGUAUAUAUGAAUGAUUUGAGAAUUCUUUACUUGAAUACAAUUUUAUUUGGCUUU